AUGGCUAUCGCAUUUACAUGCACAGUGGAAGGAUGUGGACAUCGUCAAGCGCAUAUGUUUACAAAGCGGUCGUACGAGCGGGGAAUUGUUAUCGUGACUUGCUCUGGUUGCAAAAACAGGCAUCUUAUUGCUGACCAUCUAGGGUGGUUCAAGAAUCUCACAGAAGAAGGCACGCAUGUUACUAUCGAGAAAUUAGCCAAGCUGCAGGGACAGCAGGUGACCCGAGGUUCCGUCGACGUGAGCGGUGUGUUGGAAUACGCUGGAGAAGCAGAGGCUCAAGAGGCCACCCAAUCCGGUGGCGCACCGUCAUAA